UGUAGCUUCAUCAUUGUAAUUUUUGUUUUUCAUCGUUAAGAUUUUAAUUGUUUCCAAUUGAGUUUUGGUUAUAAUUUUUUCCAUUGAAGUUUAUUUUAAUUGAAAGUUUUUUCUUUCACCGGUAAAUACAUACGAACAUGUUGCUUGAGGCCAUAAGCGGAAAAGUUACCGAGUUCUAACCGGUUCUUAAGAAGUGAUUUCAAGUUUCCGAACGUCGUUUGUGCUCAUCAUUUUAUCACAUUCUUUUCAUGAUUUAACUUGAGCGAAGAUAAACUUUUCUCUUUCUCUUUCUCUUUCUCUCUUUUUGUAAUUUAGCUUUUUUCCUCUAAUUUUUUACUUAAAUUUUUUACCGUUUUGUUAAUUGUUCAUCUCCAUUGGAUUAUCGUCUCACCUACAAUAUCAACCAUAGGAAAAUGGCUUCCACCACCAAUGGUCCUCUCUUUGAUUUACAAUAUUUGAGUUACAUUGGUGAUCUUAAGGCUAGAAACAAAAUGUGCCUUCGUCCAAUUGACAUCGCCAAGAUGCACGGAUAUAAGGACUGCGUUAAUUACUUGGCGACACUUGAAGCUUGUCUUUCAUUAGCCGAGCAAAAUGUUGCCCUGGAAACUGAAUUGUUACAUUAUGGAGCUGAAUUAUCAGAAUUGGAAAAGUGUUUCAAUGAGCUUUUACAGUUGACAAAAUCUGAGCGACUUCAGGCUCAAAGUUCAUAUUUUAAUUCAGUCGUUGAGGCCAUUGAACGGAAAUGGAAACGAUGUAAAUCUAAAAGCCUUGGUUCUCAUGGAUUACCCGAUCAAAGUGCUUACAAUUUAUUUCAAUCACAUUUUUCACGAGUUCUCACCGACGAUGUCCUUUCAGAACUUUCGUUUUCAUCUUCACCCAGUAAUCAUCUUCAUCAUCAAUCUUUUUUUCAACAACAUUUACACAAUCGUUUCUCAAAUCAUCGUCAUCACAAUCAUCCAACGAUUGAUGCUCAUCGAUUGAAAAGUAAUCCCGGUGCCGAUAAUUUGACCAGCCUUUUGACUGGCGAUCGAACUACAGUUAAAAACAAAUGCAAUUCCAGUGGUUACACACCAACUUAUUCUGAUCCCUUUCUCGAACUGAGUAACGGUCACUAUUCACUUUUCUCGUCCGAUACUGAUUACGCUGUUCCUUAUAAAUUAAAAACCGGUCCGAAAAACAAGGCGGGUGUGAAAAAAAGUGACAAUCCUGUUAUUUUAGGUCGAAGAGGAUUAAAACAACAACGCGAUCAACCCGAAGGGUCUUCGGUCCCAUCUUACCCUAAAUCAUCAUCAAGUUUAUAUGAAUCUUAUAAAGAUCAUCAUAAUCAUCACCGUGAACCCUCAUCAUCGGCAUCUUCACCACCCUCAGCUUCACGUCAUGGAAAAGGUGAUUUUGAAGAUAUCGAUCUUGACCUUGAUCUGGAUGAUGAAGAUGAUGAUGAAUUAUCUGGAUAUUCUAGCCCAUCGGUGGAUUUGGUUGAAUCGGAAUAG